AUGUGUUAUCUUCAGAUUAUUCCAGAAGGCCGUUCUCUUAGUUUCAAUAUGCAUCCCUACGACGUGAUAAUAGUCGGCCUCGGCUGCGCAGGAGUCACUGCAUCUACCACUCUCGUCAGGGCUGGGAAGAAAGUUUUGGGAUUGGAAGCCAUGGACAGGAUAGGAGGGAGAGUUAAGACGGUGACUUUUGGAGAUGGCGUAGUGGAGGAGGGUGCUGAAUGGAUCCACGGAACAGUAAAAAGUCGAAUUUUUGAUGCCGCAGUGAAACAUAACGUCCCCAUACUCCCCCAAGAUAUGGUCUUUCAUGCCUUACAGUCUGAUGGGACUCAAGCUGAUCACAAGCUGAUAAACGAUCUAAUAGAAUUUGCAUUUGAAAAGGUCGGGAAACCUCCAAAGGAUUUCACUGGGGGGCUUGGGGAAUUUAUAACUGGAAGAGUAAUGGAAUAUGUAAAACAGAACUACCCACAUCUGGUAAACGAUAAGUCGUUCCUCACUGAGUUCUUCGAGCUGAUGAACCUGUACAUCAACAACCAUGAGUCUUCUAAUGACUGGAAUGACGUCAGUGCACAGAGUAGGUACACGGAGCUAGACGGACACCAGCAUAUGAGCUGGCAUAGACACGGAUAUAAAACCUUUUUCGAAAUAAUGCUGAACACAUACAAAAAUGGCCCUGGCCUCCCUAACCUCGAUAUAAAGCUAAACACUGAGGUGUCCCAAAUAGUUUGGCCCAAAGAUGGGGCCGGGGACGUGAAAGUGUCGUGCGCAGAUGGCAGCACUUACACUGCAAACCACGUCAUAGUCACAGUCUCUUUGGGGGUGCUCAAGGAUCGACAUAAAACCCUAUUCAACCCAGGGUUGCCACAAGAAAAGAUAAAAGCCAUAGAAAACACGUCGAUUGGCGUUAUGGACAAAAUUAUCUUUAAAUUUGAAGAGCCGUGGUGGCCGAAGCAGUGUCUAUUCUUCGCCUUUCUAUGGAAGCCGGAGGAUAAAGAACGCGUACCCAAAGAGGAUUAUUGGACGACAAGGAUUUUUGCAGCUAGCAACCCAAUGGGCUCUAGGAACGCUUUGACUCUGUGGACGAGUGGCGAUGUUGCAAAAAUGCUUGAAACUUUACCAGAAAACCUAGUGAAAAGAAAAUGCAUGGAUCUGCUGAGAAAAUUCAUGGGGAAAAUCUGCGUUAUCCCAGAACCUACUGGGAUGAUAAGAUCAACCUGGUAUACGAACCCGUUUACCCGCGGCAGCUAUUCCUACGAUAAUCGGCUAACAUUACAGAACCCGAAUGCUCGUACGCACCUAGCUGAACCGUUACGCGACAAGUUCGGAUGUGCUCGCGUCUUAUUCGCGGGCGAAGCAACAGAUUUGACACACUUUUCAGCGGCCCAUGGUGCUUGUGACUCCGGCUACAGAGAAGCUAUGAGGCUCUUAGGGAAUAAAUAUUCAAUAGUUGUCUCUGGCACAUGUAAUGACUAUUUGAAAAGCCGUAGAAAAGGCCCAAUCAGUGCGCCAAUCGUUAAUUCUGGGAAUAAAACAACAGAUGGCGUGACAAGAGUAAACAGUUCAACGAAAGUUACAGUUAAAUCUAUCAAAAAAAAUCUUCGAGCGCGCGCUGAAACUACCCUCAGUACAUUAUACGAUAUCGAAACAGCAUACGACUACCAUGUAUGUCCGUUAUCGUGUCCAAACACAUACGAUCCAGUCUGCGUAGCUGUCAACAGGGGCCACGGCCUGUACUUCAAGUUUUACACCUUCGUGAAUCAUUGCGCAGGAGAUUUGUACUAUUGUAAACAUUGGCAAGAAUUCAGCCCACCCCCGGAUGAGGGUGAAUUGGUGAAGAGUUCACCGUUGAGUUGGUCGUAUUGUGCUGCUAACAAAUACAUUCAAUACGCGAGAUUUAGCGAAGUUACGUCGUCUAUGGGAUAUUAUGGCUGGCUAGCGGGCGAUCACAAGUACAGUCAUAUAAUGGAACCCCACGAAAGAAUAAAAGGGUACGGAUAA